AUGUCGCUGUCGGUGUGUUUGCCAGCCUUUGCGUUGCUAUUGGAGCGUUGUGCUGCUCCCCUUUCGAGCCCACUGAGUCUGAUUGGAGGGCUGGGAGUUGGAAUCCCGCCCCCGCAGCGCCUCUUAUGCCACGCCUCCCUGCUUCUGGCCCAGCUCAAAGCACAGCUCGCCAUCAAUCAACUCGUUGCCGCGGGAAACAUCGCCAACGCCAUUACCUGCGCCAACCAUCCACUACCCUCCCCUCACCCUCCUCUUGCCCUCUUCCUCAACCUCUUGAAAGCGGCAUCCACCACCAAUAACAUGUACCAUCCCCUAUAUAAUCCGUUAGGGGGUCAGUACUCUUCACAAGCCCAGAGAACACCAGCUCAGAUGGGGCGGUAUGGACUCACACAAGCCCAGUCUGGGAUGGACCCUCUGUUGGCCUCACGCCUGGGUCUGGGCCCUGUCUCUGCUGGUGGUUCCUCUGGUUUUUCCAGCCAGGGGGGCAUGAUGUCCUCGAUGGGGUACAACCUGGGGCAGAGAUCAACCGGGAUGACCCCGGAGUUGGAGAUAGACCACCACAUCCGCUGGGCCAGAGAGGACGUGAGACUGCUCAGCCAGAUGGUGCAGCAGAAACAGAACCAGCAGACCCAAAUGAAUCUUCGCCUGAAUCGCAACCCCGGGGAUGAGCUUUCGUCUAGGGUAGGGAUGGGUAGCUACACCUCUGGCCGGUCCUGCAGCGACCAGCAGAGCUCCAUGGCCUCCUGGUCUGGCCACCUGACCCAGUCUGCUUCCUCUAAACUCUUCUCCUCCCCCCUCCCUCAGUCGUCCCCUUCCACCUCCCAGAUGUACCAAAGCCAAACCUCUGGGUUUGGUGGUGCGGGAGAGCCGGGACCCACCUCAAUGGGUUCUGAGGCGCCCCUGAGUGUCUCCGCCUCGUCUGGCACUGAUCCUCCAGCCCGGUACACACCAGAGUCCGCCAGCAACAUCCUGGCGAGUUUUGGCUUGUCCAACGAGGACUUGGAGCUCCUGAGCCACUAUCCAGACGAUCAGCUGACCCCAGACAACCUGCCCUUCAUCCUCAGAGACAUCUGCAUCCGUAAGGCCAAUAGAAACAUGGAUGUGGACCAUCGGCAUGACAACAGACCCAGCCCGGGGUCGGACCACUUAGGUGGAGGACAGAGCAAAGUUAUCGAUUAUGGAAAUAUUGAUGCUUCUAAAUACGACAGUUAUGACAAUAUUCGAUCCAAUAGUUACGGCGGACAAGAUCCGCUCCCGAAAGAGUCGAUGAAAUACUCUGUCAGAGACUCUCCAAGCGGGCACACCGGGACACCGUGUGUUGGAAGAUCCAUGACCUCCGUCCUUUCCGAGCAACAGCAGAUUUGCAGCGCUGCAGUCCAGGGUUCUAUCUCUCUCCCCAAGAAUGACAACGACACUCGUAUCGGUCUUCCUCCGCCUUCCAGCCUAACCCAAAAGACCCUCAAAACCCACGACUUAUCUAAAGCAGCACCCAAACCUAUGAACAUCCCUGUCCACGGCGGAGACCAAGGACUCGACCGACUCCUCUCAUCUCAGAAUCGAGGCACUGCUCGAGGCCAGGUUCAGCCUCGGUCCGACCUGGUGGUUCUUAGUGGUGGAGUUGGAGGAGAUGCAAGACUCAAGAUCGGAGGUAUCCCAGUGGGGAUUCCUCCUCCCACGCCACCCCUCAUGUGGCCUCCCUUAUUCCCCGUCAUGAAUCCGUCGGUUCCCCCUCCCGGUCACGUUCCGGUGACUUGUCCGCCUCCCCCGAUGGGUCCGCCUCCCCCGAUGGGUCCACCUCCCCCGAUGGGUCCACCUCCCCCGAUGGGUCCGCCUCCCCAGAUGGGUCCGCCUCCCCGGAUGGGUCCACCGCCAUCGAUGUUCCAGCAAAUCCCACCCCCAACGUUGAUGGUGCCGACGAGGUUGCCGGCCCCGACCACGAUGAGCGAUUACUCCGCAGCUUCUCCCAGAAUCUUUCCUCAUACCUGUUCUCUCUGUAACGUAGAAUGUGCGCAGCUAAAGAACUGGAUUGAGCAUCAAAACACCAGCCUCCACAUCGACAACUGCCGGCUGCUCAGGAAAUUCCCUGCUCCCAGUAGAAAUGACAACAACCAGAGUUCUUCCAAACGUCGCCAGACCAACUCCCGUUCUCUGUCCCGUUCUCCUUCUCCUCGCCUCUCCUCCUACCGCACCACUUCCUCCUCUGCUCGCCGACCUCGAUCCAGGGAACGAUCCCGCUCCCGGGAACGUAGACACAGCGCCGGUAGACGGCGUUCCCGGUCUCCUGGUUCGCGUCGGGAGCGUGACCCUCCGGCGUCGUCGUCUUCGCACCGGGAUCGGGAACGUCGGCGUUCCCGCUCGCCCCAGACAACUUCUUCAUCCCGGAGGAGGAGCUAUGAGCGGGAGCGUCGGGAGGCGAGGAAGAGGAGCCCUUCAGGAGGAGGGAAGAGCAGCCAGCAGAAGUCUAGCAGUGCUGAGAGACUGGCCAAGAAACUACUGGAGUCAUCUGCUGGCCUCUCCCUGACUAAGAACACCAGUCUAGAAGUUCUGAUGCAGUCCCUGGCCCCUGCUCUCCUGGCCGAGCUCGCCAAAAAGAAAGGAGUCACUUCUGCCAAGGGAGGUGCCGGCAAGGGAGGCCGCUCCUCCUCCCGGAAGACUGAAACGGGAACGUCCAAGGGUGGCAAGGCAGGCACCGGAUCUGGGAGGACGUCAAACAAGAAAUCCUCCUCGCCCUCCAAAUCAUCCUUCAAAUCGUCCAGCUCAGCUCCUUCCAAGACUAAGAAGAAGGGAGCACCAGGGACCUCCGCUCUGUUAAGACUGAAGAAUAUCCCCCAACACACAGCUCAUGAUGAGGUGGUGAAGGCCGUGGAACCCUUCGGAAAGAUCAACACCGUCAUCCAGCUCAAGCCCAUACAGCAGGCAUCUGUGUUGUUUGAGAGGGAGGAGGAUGCUAAGAAGCUGGCUAGCUGUAAGAACCUGACCAUCAAAGGCCAGACCGUCACCGUACUAACGGAGAAAGAUGCUCUGCUGGACGACUCCAAGGAACUGAACCAAACCAACAAGUCUACCGAUGAAAAAAACUCUCCAGCAGCCAAGACCCACACCACCAAGUCAACCGCAACCAAAAUGUCUUCUACAUCUUCAACUAAACCGCAAACUGACUGUCCCAAGACCACACCCAAAGGGUCGAGGGUUAAUACCAAGGCUCAGCCAACCACGGCUAAGGGGGCUGUCCACCCCCUCAUUCCUAAACUGCCUGGUUGUGGAAAUAAUAGGUUUGUGAAGAUCGAAGGUUUACCAGAGACUGGCUAUACAGAGGAAGAUGUUCUGGCUCUGGUGAAGCCUUACGGAUAUAAACCUGGACUCUACAACUGUUUCAUUCUGCCUGCACAGAGAUGGGCCAUAAUCCGUAUGGACGGAGUACAGAAGAGCUCUGUUAUGGUGACAAACUACACACAGUCUCCUCCCAAACUACUAGACUGUCCCCUCUCCUUCACGUUGAUCUGCCCUGAUACAGGCCUCGUUCAGGAGAAUGUCUACACAACGCUGAAGGGCUUCACCACUUCGGACACGACAUUGAAGGAACGCCUUCUGAUCGUCAGUAACGUCCCCACGGGGACUACGGCAACCCAAGAGGUUCACGACCUCGUCAAACGCUUCGGAUCCUACCUCGAUUCGCUAUCUCUGAUCAACAGGAUUUAUUUUGAGAUGGAGUCGUCCUCGAUAGCGAUGGCGGUAUGUCUUCAUUUCCAGAAGUUCCCCCGUGUAGUUCAGAACAAGCCUCUGAAGUUCAACAUGCUGGUCAAGGUUAAACACCCGGCUCAGCCGCAGCUCCCAUCCAAGAAGACACCUGUCACUAGCACCAGAGCCAAGAAGAAGACGGUCAAAGGCAAGAAGCCUGUCGCUAAAGGAGUGGUAACACCAGGUAAAUCUCUUCCUACCACCACCUCUGCCACACAGCCUGUGGUUACCCAACGGAGGCGAGAUAACGGAGGCGCCGUCCAGUCCAGUGACACCAUAGCGAUAGACUCCGACGCGACCGCAACGGAACCCAGUCCAGUCGUCAUGGACCCUGAAGACCUGAUGACGACCAACGACGACCAAAGCCAAACCGCUGCAAAACCGCAUGGCGAGAAUGGAGAAACCAUAGCAACCGCUACCGUUCACGCUGCUAGCGUUGCUGGUUCUGUACCAGCACAAACACCGGUAACAUCAGCUCACCCAGUGUCUGUAAAAGGUGAAGACAAACUGUUAGACUUCAGUCCGGUAACUCAGGAGAUCCUGAAGGCCCUGGAGGCAGCAGUGCACCAACACCGCCUGGGGAGACAAAGACAGGACCAGGGAGAGAAGGACAAGCCUCCAUCCGACAAGAAGAGCUCUGUAGCUGGGGAGAAGGGGGAGACCAAGACCCCGGCUGGAGGACUGAACCAGGCCCCAGCUCAACCAGAGAAGAAGACUGGAGAGAAGACAGCGACACAGACUCAACCAGAUGAGAGAAAUAGACCUGCGCUUUCUCUGAAGAAAAAAAAGCUACAACCUGAGAAGUCACAGACCGAUAAAAAGCCUCCAACCACACCAGCGAAGAAGACCACAACACAGACGGAAGGUGCAAAGAAACCACCUUCAGGCUCUGGACAACCAAAGAAGAAUCAAGUCUAUGGAGGAAGAGGCAGGCGCAGGGACCAUUCUUCCCCAGGAAAGAUAGACUCUUCCAGGCAUAGAAGCAGCCGGGCGGCCUCCGAGGAGGAGCAGGGUCCUCCGACGUCAAGACACGGCGACUCCUCUAGCUCUUCUUCUGGCUCCUGCAGGAGCAACAGACAGGACGGCAGUCCCGCCAAGAAGAAGGGGAGGAAAGAGGAGGAGGAGAUGAGCAAGGGCCACCGUAGUAGAACUAGCCAGUCUUCUAGGAGUGAGUCUAGAGAUCAGGAGGCAGCAGAGAGAAAGGGUUUUGGCUACGUGGUGGAUGAGUUCACUUCCGACGUCAAUCCUAGUGACGCCAACCCAAUCGACCUGGACCAGUUCAACAUGGAUGAGUUCGUCACCGUGGACGAGGUGGAAGGGGAUGAGGCGGACAACGCCAACCCACCAGAAUCAUCAUCUUCAUCACCCAAUACCCAAGAUGGCACCUAUGGAAGGUCGGAACGAUCAACCAAACGCAAGAGGGGUACCCCUGAUACCUCAAUUUCUACUAUGAAGUCAAGCCAGGAGAAAGAGAGACCCCUGUCCAAAAGCGCUCCCACCCCAUCCUCUUCUACCUCUACCCCCCCUGGACAGAAGACUCCACGACAAACCAAAAAAACGCAGGCGGCAAAACCUCAACCACCUGCCCCCUCUGGACGCAAGACCAGGUCGUCAGCCGCAGCUGCUGUUGUUGCGACAGAAGCCGCAGAAACCAGAGAAACUGUCACUGACGAUGACCCCACAGUCAGGAUGGAAGCGGAGCCUCUUCCCAUGGAGCUUCUGUCUCAGCCAAUGGCGGAAGCAGCCGCUGCUCAGUUGGUAGAGGAAGUAGUGGUCACAAAGGGAAGUGACAUGGAGGGCAUGUUACUGUCAUCCGACCACAAGGUGUCAGUGUUGGGCACGGCAUUGCCGGCGAACAAGGAAGCAGAAAGUGCUGGUUCAGAGAUUGAUAUGGAGACUACAGCUGAAAAACCUCCAGAGGUAGACGGGAGCGAGGAGAAGGCCCAGGCUAAAAAAGACUCUGCCGAAGAGGAAGAGCUGAUGAAGAAACAGAAACUGGCGAAGGAGAAACGGCGAGACAGAGAAUGGGAGAAGGAGAGGAGUACAAAGCGGGUGAGGAGCAGAGAGAAGGAGCAGGAAUGGAAGAGGGGGAAGGGGAGGUUCAGUGUGGAUACGGAAUGGUUGGUCACUCUGGAUGAGAUUGGAGGAGAUGGGGAUGAGAGAGGCGAGGAGGGUGUGAGGGAUCAGGAGAGCGGAAUAAAUGAGGCAGACCUUCAAGAAUUGGUCACUCUGGAUGAGAUCGUUGGCGAGGAAGGAGGGGAGGGUCCUAGCCCGGAGCCACACCCAUUCAGGCAGGAGGACGAAUCAGGAGACUCCUUCAACACAGAGACUAUGGUGACCCUGGAUGAGACUGGAAGUGAUCAUGAGAUGGAGGAAGUGCAGCCCAAGAAGUCUCCAGAACCAGCCCAGAACCGGCACACUGACAAUACAGGUGAGGACCUUGUGGUUUCUGAGGCAGGGUUCUUCUGUAAGCUGUGUUCUCUGUCUGGGAGUGAAGACAAGAAGACCCACUGCAGCAGUCUACAGCACUGUCAGAACAUGCAGAAACAUUACCUGAAGCAUCAGAAGCAACAAGCAGGAGGUUCUAGCCAAGGCUCCGCCUCCAAGUGACCCCUGACCACACCCCUGGGUGUGUCUAAAAUGUGACCAUUUCUCCAGUGCUCUGGUUGAUAGAUAGGGCUCUACUAUAAUAGGGUGCAGUUUGAUAUUUCAGCUGGUCUAGGAUCAGGUCCCCCAUGUUCAAAUUGUCUUAUUCAUUAUGAUUUAAAAGGUGAAACUGGUCCUGGAUCAGCCCUCCCUCUACUCUGAGACGUUUUGUGAAUACGUGGAUAUCGGGUCCAAUAUGACACAGAUUUUAGAUUAAUUUGUUUUGUUAGCUUUUUUUGGGGGGUGGAUUUAAAUAUCAUUAAACUGCUUAAUUUAUCCAGAGUAACUCAGUCAGCAGAGACCAGACAUAAUGUAUGUAUACGGAGAAAGUAAUAAAUGUAGUUUUUAUUACGAA